AACUGACAUUUGGUUUUAGGUUAAGGUUGUCUAAACGUAAAUAAAGUAUAAAUAUAUAAGUAAUUUAGAUUAAAUCAAAAAUGGGAGAAUUGAAAAUUGAAGAAUUAGAUUUGUAUGAAAUAUUGAAUGUUGAUGUUAAUAGUCCAACAUCAGAGAUAAAAAAAGCUUACAGAAAGCAAGCCCUCCAGUGCCAUCCAGAUAAAAACCCAGAUGAUCCAAAUGCUGUCAAAAAAUUCCAUGAAUUAUCCAAAAUAUUAGAAAUACUAACAGAUGCAUCAGCUAGAGCGGCAUAUGAUAGAGUUUUGAAGGCAAGAAAAGAAGCUGCAUUGAGACACAAGGAAUUAGACAGCAAAAGAAGAAAAUUGAAAGAAGAUUUAGAAUAUAGAGAGAAGCUUACCUCUGUUAAUAGGAAAACAGCAGAUGAACUUUUGAAGGAAGAAAUUGAGAGGUUAAGAAAAGAAGGAUCGAGGCAAGUACAAGAAGAAAUUGAAAUAGUAAAGCAACAACUAAAAAAAGAACAAAACUUAAAUGCAGAAUAUUGGGAUGGUUCAAAACAUAGGAUCAAACUUAAAUGGACUGCUAGUAAAAAUGACAAGACAAAUGGAGGGUACACACAAGAGAUGUUGAAUAAGUUUUUAUCUAAAUAUGGAGAUAUCCAGGUAUUGGUUAUGUCCCCAAAAAAAGCUGGUAGUGCCUUGGUCGAGUUUAAAGAUAGAAAUGCAGCAGAAAUGGCAGUAAACCUAGAAGUGGGUUUGCCCCAGAAUCCUUUGAAGUUGGAAUGGUUAAACGGACCUCCUCAUAAAACCCCAGCCAAAAGUUCGUUAGCAAAAGAUUCUGAUUUUGAAAGUUACACUUUAACUAAAUUAAGACAAGCAGAAGAAAGAAAAAGACUUAUUGAACAAAUGAUGGCAGAAGAUAAAGAAACUUGAUUUAUUAGGAUAAAACCAUUGUUGUUAAACUAAGAUAAGUUUUAUUUAAAUAAAGAAUACACAAUUUUGACUA